GGGACGAGACGAGGGGCGUGUAAUUGCAGUGGAACUCGCGCGAACGUACACCAUGAAUACGGAUAAAAUGUCGUUGCCAAGUACUGCUAUACAAAUUGACGAGUUAUUGUGAUACGGUAUAACCAGGAAAAUUGCUAGGUCGGCGUGUAAAAAAUGUUAUUUUUGUAUGUUUGUGGCAGCGACGCGUUUUGUGAGUUUGGUGUUCUGACCGAUGCAGGGAGGCUGAAUGUAUGAUCUUUGUGAUGGGACAUCGUGAUUUGGAUGCAGCCAGAGUGUUACAGAAGAUCUGUUGCGGUCGACGUUCACGACACUUUGUCAGCGAGAUAUUAUCUGCGUGCGAGAACGACUCGUCUGUGGCCGCCAACGCUCGCUUCCGGCCAGAGAAGUCUGACCUCGCAGUUCGUGUCACUGAUUCUACGAUUAUUUCGACAGGAUAUCCGGAACGGAUUGCACGUUGCCAGAUAACAUUCACCCCCGCGAGCUCGGGGGCGGGACCCAUGCGAUUCGAGACGUUUGCACGGCGACGAGUACGCUCGUUAAACGGCACGCCAAUUGAUCAGAAUUGCAGUCGAUCGAUAACAAUCUUUGGACAAGCUUUGUUAAACCUGUUUGACUUCGUACAAUUAGUUCCCUCGAUGGGAUAGCUCAAUUAAGAUACGCGGUCGAGCUUGUUAUAGGAAAGCGAGGAGAAAGAAAACAAAACGAAUUAUGUUUCAUGACUGAUCUCUUAAGAUGUCGCGAAGUAUUGGCAAUGUCAGUCCAUUUGUCUUCGUAG